ACUAUUCCUGCAGUGUCUGUUGCACGACACAUCGAUCGCCGCUGCAAUCGAAACCCCACCAUUAACAGCAGCGCGAUGAGCAAAUACCUAGGUGACGAUGACGUCUCUCUGCUGGUGCUCUGGUCCCUCGGACUGUCGUCCCAGCGCUCUGUUCUCAGUUAUUUAGCAUGGUGUACAGAACUGCUGUUGCGACUCGAUUCCUCCAUCCACUCGGUCGAUCUCACAUGGUCAGCAGAGCUGAGCUAGUCUGUAUGUUUGCCUACCCUGCCUUGCAGCAUCCGGCUCGCGAUUCCGAGCGCACAGUGGCCUACUGUAACUCGAGCAUGGAGUCCACUUUGACGGCUUUCCGGGCCCUCCAACCAGCGUCAGCAGCCUAUCUCGCAUCUCGCCAGCAGUGUUAUCACAGCCCAAUUAAGACUCCGAGGGCGAAACGCAGGCCCGCACUUGGCGCUUGCGUUGCAUGCCGCGAGCGGAAAUCAAGAUGCGACGGGCACCGCCCUGUCUGUGAAUGCUGUGUGCAGCGCGAUACCCCCUGCGUGUACGAAUUAGGCGUGAACGAAACGCCGUCGGACGCCCGCCGGCGGAAGAAGGAGGAGAUGCAGACCGAGCUCGACGGCUUACGUCACCUGUAUAACUCGCUGCGGUCGUGUCCCGAGCACGAGGCGUUUGAAAUUCUCCAUUGGGUCCGCCUCAGCCCUUCGGACACGCUGACGCUGGAUUGCUCCGCCGGUCUGCCGCAUCCGCUUGCGCAACCACACCCGCACCACGCGCUGCCUGCUGCUGCGCCCCGGCAGCUUGUCGCCUCGCCCUCGUCGCGUCCCGCGAAGGUCUCGCGUCAGUCCCGGGCUCAGGAGCUCACGUUGCCCCGUACGUCGAUUGGGUUUCUCCUGCAGACUUCUCCAACUGUGGGGUAUGCUGGCUCGGAUGGAUAGUCGAUUUCCAGUCAUAGGCAGCGCGUGUUGGGGCAUAGUACGAAAAGGCUGGGAUGAAAAUCAGGAGAACUGUACUCUCGCUGCUGGCAGUGCCAGAGCAAGCGGUGGAUGAGAAAUGUCCAGCUUAGCGGGAACCAACAUUAAUGAAUGGUACUCUAUCCGCACCAG